UGAGAGGCCAGCUGCCUAUCAGGAGCUCUUUGGAGAAAGGACUGGAGGAAGUGGUGAGAAAAGACUAAAACAUGAAUAAUCUUGUGAGUGAACAGGAGGUAACUGAGAGAGGUGUUUAUAAUGAGGUUGUUUCCCUCCUGGCACACAUGGAUGACCAAGAUAAGGACAGAAUUGCCCUCAGGAUUGCCUCUAUAGCUAAGACCAACCUGGCUAGUGUUGUGAGAGUUCUGCUGGAGAAAUUGCAACAGGAUAAGCAAAACAGAGUAGCCAUUUACUAUAUCCUGGAGGAGGUAUUACAGCAGGACACCGGGGGCCUAGAGAUAAGGCUAGUGAAAAACAUUGUAAGCCUAGCCUCAGACCAGAUGAGAGAGACUCAGGAAGCAACAAAUGAAGUAAAAGUGGCAGCUAGCAACACGUUAGUGACUCUGGCAAGCUGCUAUUUUGAUCAUGUCAUGUAUGAGCUGCACUGGCAUCUGAAACCACCGAAGCUGCCUGAAGAAUUUAUUUUAGUUACGCUGGGCAACCUGUCAUCAGCCUAUGCACGUAAGUGUAUCCCUUUUGUGAGAGUGACCCUGAACACCAUGUUCUCCAUGCUGGAGUUCGUCAAGGACGGCAGGCUGAGACAAGCAUUUUGCGGUGGUGAUGCUCAGUAA